UGUGUGUGUGUGUGUGUGUGUGUGUGUGUGUGUGUGUGUCUCUCACUACAGUCCAGUAAUAGAGCAGGACAGAUCUGGAGGUGGGGCUUCCAAGAGCAGGCUGGAGAGCUACCGUCAAAACGGCUCAGAGUGACAGCUUGGACUCAAAGUGUCACGUCACUGAGAGUGUGUGUGUGUGUGUGUGUGUGUGUGCGUGUGUGCGUGCUGCACCCAUAGCCCAAGGUGUUUUCAGGUAUAAUGAGUGCUAGCAGCAGUAUGUGUGGCUCCUGUAUCUAGGCCAGCUCUGAACGGCAUCCAGGGCCGCCAUCACUUCUGUCAGCUUCCAGCUAAACAGCCUAAAGCUGGUGGUAUGUUUGCUGUCAGCUAUAAAAGGUAAUGUUGCAGGGGAAACAUUACUUUCAGUCUCCACAUUGUGCUUGCCAAAGUACGACUAUAUGACUGGUCGGGUUGCCUUUUGGCAGCAUCUUUAUUUCCUUUUUCUGUUUCUUGUUUCUUCCCUUUUGAAGUAAACAUCACACAUUUGUAUGCAGCAGCGUGUCUGCCCACUGCAGGCAUCCACCACGGUGGUCAGGUCAUUGUAGUAUGGUCACACUGUCUCCAUCCAUCAUCUCGCUCUACUUUCAUCUUCCCUUUUCUGGGUCGGAAUAAGCAAACUAGUCAAUAAUGCAUGAUGAGGAGGGGCAGCUUUGGGUGAAAUGGUUUGAGAGAGAUUUCAUGCUCGCGUUGUUUCGACAUAGAAAAGCCCGACAUAUGGAGGGUAAUCAAUCACGCACUUAAUCACACGAUACCACCCCCUCACCUCCACUCAGCGCCAAAACCAACAGGUGGCUCCCAUGACUGGGCUGGAAUAAAAUAAGGAAAACAAACACAGAUCUAAAAAAAAAAAAAAAAGACAGUGAUACAUAUGAGACUGUCAGAUGUCUGGGGUUGAUGAAUUAUAGGAAAAUAAAUGUACGUAGCUACAGCAUUUAUAUAUGUAGCGCUACACCAGCAAACUAGCGCUUCUCAAACGUUUGUCAUUCCCCUCCUUCUGAGGAAGACACAUUUCCCCCUCCUGUUGAAAUAACAUCAAGAUCACAAGCGUUCCUUUCACCUAGUUUUGCAUCACAUUUCCUUCCGGCCACACGGGCCCCAACUGUCAGUUCUCUGGCCACGCACUUUGAGAACUUUUGCACUAAACAAAUCCCAAACGAGCGUAAAUUCCUGGUCUUAUUUUAAAGCAGGAUUCCUCCUCUUGAUCAGUUUAUUCACAUAUCAAUGAUGGCACAUGUUGACUGGUAUGGUUUGCCACUCAAGGAGGAGUGAAAAUGGUGAUUUGUGUGUACUGUGACCUCACUAGUUACCUUCUAUAGGUCGACAUGGGCAACAUGUAGACCGGUCUGUUCACGCAGGAAAAUGAGAGGAAGAGCUGCUUUGACUGGGGAACAAAGUGAAAAGUGUAUCUGGACAAGGCUCGUACAGACAGAGCAGGGAAAAAAAAGAGAAGGGAGAGCAUCAGUAAAGUAGAAUCCCAGAGCCCGAUUACGAGACCUGCUGUCAUCUGCCUGGAAAAUGUGACUGGGUUGUCUGGAAGGGGUGGAGGCGUCACAUUCCAGUUCACAUCCGACGUCUUACUGGCUCAGAGGAUGAUGACCAUUACAGAGGGAUGAGGCGGAAAGCAAGACCCGCAUCCAUCUUUCCUCUUGUGCAAAGCUCACCGUAUCCCAGCUAACACUCCUCAACUCUCCUGUUGGGCGACAACGGCGUCUAGAUGGACACAAACCUUUUAAGACCUCUCGGGGAAAUUCAGUUUAACUGCCAGUAUCAACAAGAUAUAGUGUGGAGAACUCAGGGUUGGCUUUGGUUGAGCCACACAGCCAUAUAUUUUAUAAAUGGAGCGUGUUGCCAGAAUCGCUUUUCAUCCUAAUGUGACUGUUAGGGGCCUGAGAGGGUCUUUGGGGCACAGUGCAUGGCCUCCCUGUUAAAUUGAUUUUACCCCCAUUAAACCUGCUCUCUAAACAGCGGUGGUCAAAAGGGACCGAUGUCACUUUUUCUCUCUACGUGUCCUCCACCCCUCAAGAUGCACCCACGGCUGAUUGUGCUUUCUUUCACCUUCUUACACUCCUUAUGGACAGGAGCGCUUGUUUUUAGUUUGAUUACUUUGUGCAUGUGGUGUGCGUUGGGUCGGUUGAUUACAAGGCCCACAUCCCGAGGUUUUGUGUCGCAGCCUUGAGAGGCGAGACACUGACUCACUCCCCAUCACAGACGGACCACAAGACAACAACAUGUGUUGUCAAAGCAGAUAUUCACACCAGGUCAUUAGCACAGGCACAGACUGUGUGUGUGCAUUUAUUUGUUGCGUGUGUGAGUGUUUGCGCCGUAGUGUCAUAAUGCCACAAAACUCCUCUGUUCUGGCCUUUUAAUCAGUAAAGAAUGACUGUGAGCGGACGCAGCCGCUGGCUAGUGGCACAAUGUUUUGCUCUGUGUUUAUGAGCGAGAGGAAGGAAGAAGUGUGUGUGUGGGGGGGGGGGGGGGGCACAGACACAUUUAGAUAUCCCACUUCUCUUUGUGGUAACGAGAAACUGCUCUCUCAGCUGUUAGACACAAAGGCAGCAUCAACAGUCGCUGUCAGCCCGGACGGCUGGCUGACUGUCUGCCUGUGAUUGUGUGUGUUUGAAUGCAUUAGUGUGUAUGUGAGGGGAGUCUACAGUGCACUGAAGCCAGGAUGGAAGCCAAAACCGUCCGCUUUUUCUACAGCCGGCGUUGUAAAGAGAUCCGUGCCCAGCUGGUGGAGCAGCUCAAGUGUCUGGAUCAGCAGUGUGAGCUGAGGGUGCAGCUGCUGCAGGACCUGCAGGACUUCUUCAGAAAGAAGGCCGAGAUCGAGGUGGACUACAGCCGCAACCUCGAGAAGCUGGCAGAGAGGUUCCUCACCAAGACCCGCAGCACCAAGGACCAUCUACUCAAGAAGGAGCACAGCAUUUUAUCCCCCGUGAACUGCUGGAACCUGUUGCUGCUUCAGGUGAAGAGGGAGAGCCGCGACCACGCCACGCUGUCCGACCUCUACCUCAACAACAUCAUCCCCCGCUUCGCACAGAUCAGCGAGGACUCAGGACGCCUCUUCAAGAAGAGCAAAGAGGUCGGCGUACAGCUGCAAGAGGACCUGAUGAAAGUUCUUAAUGAGCUUUACACGGUGAUGAAGACAUACCACAUGUACAACACUGACAGCAUCAACGCCGAGUCCAAGCUGAAGGAGGCGGAGAAGCAGGAGGAGAAGCAGAUGGGACGCUCUGGUCGACAGGACGACCGGCAGACGCCGCGCUCCCCCGACACCUUGGCCAGCAUCAAGACCGACGAGAAGCCCGUCCGACGCUCCAGUGUCAAGAAAAUUGAGAAGAUGAAGGAGAAGAGACAAGCUAAGUACACAGAGAACAAGCUGAAGGCCAUCAAGGCCAGGAAUGAGUACCUGCUAGCUCUGGAGGCCACCAACAGCUGUGUCUUCAAAUAUUACAUCCACGACCUCUCCGACAUCAUUGACUGCUGUGACCUAGGUUACCAUGCUAGCCUGCACCGCGCCCUGAGGACCUACCUAUCGGCAGAGCAGAACGUAGAGACAUCCAAACACUCUGGCCUGGAGACGCUGGAGGGAGCCGCAGAGAGUCUGGAGGCCAACGGGGACAAACAGAAACUGAUGGAGACCUACAAUAACGUCUUCUGUCCCCCUACUCGUUUCGACUUCCAGUCUCACAUGGGAGACACGAUGGGAGUGGUGUGUGCACAGCAGCCACUGGAAAGCGAGCUGCUCCAGAGGUGUCAGCAGCUGCAGUCCCGCCUCUCCACACUCAGGAUUGAGAACGAGGAGGUGAAGAAAACCAUGGAGGCCACUCUGGCCACCAUCCAAGACAUGGUGACGGUGGAGGACUACGACGUCUCUGAGUGCUUCCACCACAGCAACAGCAUGGAGUCGGUCAAGUCCACUUUCAGUGAAUCCUAUCUCAGCAAGCCCAGCCUGGCCAAACGACGGGCCAAUCAGCAGGAGACGGAGCAGUUCUACUUCACGAAGCUGAAGGAGUUUCUGGAAGGCAGGAACCUGAUCACCAAGCUGGAGGCCAAGCAUGACCUCAUCGACAAGACCAUGGGAGAGAGUCAGAAGACUGACUGUUGCCUUGCCAGUGGACGGAGAAACUCGGCGGUACGGAAGCAGGAGUCCGGUGAGGUUAUUCCUCUGAUGGUCGAGAGCUGCAUCCGCUUCAUCAGUCGCCAUGGUCUGCAGCAUGAGGGCAUCUUUAGAGUGUCGGGCUCUCAGGUGGAAGUCAAUGACAUCAAGAAUGCCUUUGAGCGAGGCGAGGACCCGCUGGCAGGGGACCAGAAUGACCACGACAUGGACUCCAUCGCUGGCGUCCUGAAGCUCUACUUCAGAGGACUGGACCACGCCCUCUUCCCAAAGGAAGUCUUCCACGACCUCAUAUCCUGUGUUUCGAUGGAAAGCCUUCAGGAGCGGGCAGUGCACAUUAAGAAGGUUCUGCAAUCUCUGCUGAGCAAAACCCUCAUCAUCAUGAGAUACCUGUUUGCCUUCCUCAACCAUCUGUCCCAGUACAGCGAGGACAACAUGAUGGACCCAUACAACCUGGCCAUCUGUUUCGGUCCCACCCUGAUGUCUGUCCCUGCGGGCAACGACCAGGUCUCUUGCCAGGCCCACGUCAACGAGCUCAUUAAAACCAUCAUCAUCCACCAUGACACCAUCUUCCCCAGGCUGCAGGACCUGCAGGGCCCCAUCUACACCAUCCCUGGAGCUGGAGAUGACUUCUGUGAGCCCCCCCUUGUGGAAGAGCCUGCGCCCGUCUCCGUCACCCACAACAGCGAAGAUGGCUCCUUGGCUGUUUCAGAGUCCGACCCAUUCGAAGCCAUCGCUCGGUUCGACUACUCCGGCCGGACUAGUCGGGAGCUAUCGUUCAAGAAGGGCGCUUCUCUGCUUCUGUACCAGCGCGCUUCUGACGACUGGUGGGAGGGACGACAUAACGGAGUGGAUGGACUGGUGGCUCACCAGUACAUUGUGAUCCAAGACACGCCUGACGGGGGCAGGGGGAGUCCAAAGCCCGAUGUGGACAGCAGGGACCUGCUGGAGGAGAGAGUGUCCACCAGAGGCAGUGCUGCCUCUCCUACCGGAGCUCAUGUGGCCGACAUCUAUCUGGCCAACCUGAACAAGUUGAGGAAACGUCCGGAGUCCGGGAGCAUCCGAAGAGCGUUCCGUGGCUCAGAGAGCGACAGCACGAGUCCAGGAGCCAGUGGAGGGGGAGGAGGGGGAGGAGGAGGGGUGAGAACCGCUUCUCUUCCUGUUGGUGGGGCUCUGGUGAAAGAAACUGGGGAUAAACGACCCGUCAGCGCUCACAGCAUCCUCAACUCAGUCACCCGACACUCCUCUCUCAAGACCAAGGUGGAGAGUCCACAGUUACGCAAGACAACUACAGCAGGGCGCUCCAAGAGCUUCAGCAACCACAGACCACUGGACCCUGAGGUCAUAGCCCAAGUGGAGCACAGCUCACAGGACAUCGAGGCCGUGAUGAACUCUGCCCUGACUGAGCUCAGUAAGUUGGAAAGGCAGAGCACCUCGAAGCACACACACACCCCCGACGUGGUCCUGGACACACUGGAGCAGCUGAAAGGUGUGUGUGGUGGAGGAGGAGGAGGAGGAGGAGGAGCCUCGGAGCCCUCCAGUCCACUCCACUCCCGUCUGUUAAGGGACAGCGAGGGGGGCUCUUCCCAUGCCCACCCGCUUCAGCGCAGCGCCUCCUCUGCCAGCGACGUGCCCUCCUCCUUCCGCCCGGUCAAGAGCCAGCCGCGGAGCCCCCUGCCCUCUGCCACAUCCCCCUCUCUCUCCUUUUCCUCCCUCUCCUCAUCUGUACCUUCCUUUAGAGAGCUGCGCCCCCCAGCAACCAGGCCCAAACCGGUGGUGUUCCCAAAGAACGGCGGUGGCAGUCCAGCCAUGGGUUCCCCGACCUCUACUGUGCCCCCUACACCUCCUCCUCCACUUACAGGCCACACACACUCUCUCCCUCACACCCCUCCUCCUCCACCUCCACCCCAGUCUACUGACAAAUCCUGCCCGGCUUAGGACUUCUCAAUCCGACCCGCGAUACUGAUUCUUGCAAACUCUUUGAUUCUUACAGCUCUUGUACCAGGUGCAGAAAGCACCUCCUUUGUUCAACACAAGACGUAACCCACUACUCAUGUGUAGCAUUCACUUCUUGUUGUCCAGGCGAGUUCUUAAGAUGCCACGUUCCCUUUUAGAGUGUCAAGAUGUUUUCUGCCCUCUCCUGGCAGCUCUGCUUACUGCAGUUCAACUAUCAGAGGGCGUAGAUUAGUGAACACGCUUCAAAGACAGAGAUCCCAGGCAUCACUGGAUUUUAUUUCAUUCUUUUUUUUACAAGGGAACAGGACUCAGGACGGACACCUACAGAACUAAAGCUUUCAUACACUAGUUUGUGAUGUUUGAAAUUGUGUUUGAGUGGGCGUGCAGGAGUGUUACUUGCCUUUUACACACAGAUCUAAGUGAGAAACAAAAAGCACUGUUUGAUUUUGUACAGUAGACACGACUGUUUUUCUUUUCUUUUUAAUGACCCAUGUUUAAUGGACUGGAAGGGAGUGUUUGAUUCCUGAGAAUAGACUGUGAAACGCUAAGCUCUCGCACUGACUCGCUGCUUCAAAAGUUGAAGACUGGAGAUAAAGGUGGCAUUUUUGGAUGAUGAAAGGAAAGAAAACUGGGCCAAAUAUCGGUGUAAGUCAUGUGAUCGAGAGCUUUAUUUGACCUCUUCCUCCAGUGUUUGACAUGUUGGUGAUUUUUAUGUUAUUUUUUACGACUGUUCUUUAUUAGUACCACAACAGGGGCAUAGCAGGAGCAGUGUUCCCCGAAGCCUAACAUGGCCAACAGUAAUUCUAAAUACACACAUAGCAAUACAGAUAAUGAAAGCUGAUAGUUUGAGGCAUUAUGCUGCUUCUCUCCUGUAGCUCUAUUAUGUGUGUAGGGGACCACUGAAACCCAGCAUUUUUAUAGGCAAUGUUGGACUGUACACAUACACACACAUUCUCUCAAAAUGUGUGCGUGUUGGUGUUUUGUGGCAGCUAAACGCCUUUUCAGGUUUUCCUUCGCAUGCUGGGGCCAUAGACAGCGGCCACUAUGGCGAGCUGGCCGAUUGCAUCAGUUUAUGUGUCUGCGCGGCACCAGACACAGCAUAACUUCAAACAAAGUGACAGCUUGCUCCUUUUUAAAAAUAAACUUCACACUUAACAGUAAAAAGGGUUAUAUUAUUCCAAUGGUGUGUAUGUAUGUUUAAUAAUCAUGUUGAUAACUGGAAGCAUGGAGCUGAGGAUCCUCUUAAGUGUGUUUUUAAAUAGAAGCAACCAACCACCUCAUCCACUGCGUUCUGAAGCAAAGAUUGCUUUUGUUGUUACUUUUUGUUCCCAGUUGUUAAUUAAUGCUCCGAAUCUGUAAUGGUAAAAUUGUUGAACUGUGUAGCUGUGUCUGGGUGUGUGUGCAUGUGUGUGUGUGUGUGUGUGUGUGCGUGCGCCUGUGGGAGCAUGCGUGGAAGUAGAGUAUGUAUGCACCCCGCCCCCCCCACCCCUUGCAAUGCCCACCCACCAUAAAGGGAUGCCACCCAACAGGAACUGUCUGCAGAGACACAGGAGUAACAGCGGCCUUAGUGCUGAAUAAAUAUGCACUGUGUGUACAUGUGAGCAGACAGAAAGCCUGCAAGUAUAUACGUGAAAAGUUGUCUCGUCUUCAGUCACUGCUGUAACAACACCAGUGGCAGAUCAGCUUUAAGGAAAAACAGGAGCAGAAAAAGGGCUUACUUUUUUUUUUUUUGUAAUAUAAUUUUUGCAAAAAUAUAUCUUUGCAAAAUUAGAUCUGAUGAUGAAUUAAGUAAUAUGUGAAUAAUUUUUCAAACACUGACUUCAAAAGUGGACACAUGUCAUUCAGGGUCAACUGAAUAAUACCUUUUUUGUUGUUGUAUUUCACCUUCUUUGAAACAGUGUUGAACUAAUCUUACUGAGGUGUCCUCAUAUUCCCCACUAUCACGCCCUGUAUGCUCUCUACCAGGUAAUGAAUUAUACUUGUAAAGGUUUAUUUUUUAUCUCUGUAUACUGUUCAUGUAUUACCUGGUGUAUUUGUGUUGCUCUUACCUCAUCGUGACAACUGGAGGGACUGUGACUGUAUGCGCGUGUGUGUGUGUGUGGUGAGAAAUGAACUCCCCUUACCCAUACAGUACACUCUCUUAACACAUACAGACAUGCAUGUGGUUGGUUGGUGUGUUUUGUCCCGGCUGUGUCAUCAAGGGGAGCUGGGACCCUCUUCGAUCUUAAAUCAAUCAUUGUGCACUUGAACAACUUGGCUUGCGUGUGGACUAACUAUGUGGGGAUGAUUUGUCAGAAUUGAAUAUUGUUAAAUAUGCAUUUUGUGUCCGAUUGAAAACAGCAGAACUAAAAAAAAAAAAGAAGACUGUAAUGUCAAAUCUAUUUAUAGUUGUCUCUGUAUUACUGGAGAAUCCUGUGUUCAGAUGUACUUUGUAUAUACAAUGUUGUACAUUACAGAGGUACACUCUUUUUUGGUACAAUAUUGUACAGUAAUAGCAAUAGUAGUUUAAUCAAAUAGGCCUUAUAUAAUUCUAUGUGUAGUUCUUGUAGUAGAUCUGUUUUUUAAUAAACAUUGCUUGCUAUAUAGA